AUGCACCUCAUUGGGAGGAGUUGGGAGCAGCUGAAGCUCCUGGGGGAUUACCUGGGCCUGUGCCGGAGCGGCGCCCUGAAGGAGCUCAGCAAGAGGCUCAACCACAGGGAUUAUCUCUUGGAGUCUCCGCAUAGGUUCAGUGUUGCUGACCUCCAGCAGAUUGCAGACGGGGUGUAUGAAGGAUUCCUCAAGACCCUGAUCGAAUUUGCCUCCCAGCACGUCUACCACUGCGACCUGUGCACCCAGCGCGGCUUCAUCUGCCAGAUCUGCCGGCACCACGACAUCAUCUUCCCCUUUGAGUUUGACACCACAGUCAGGUGUGCCGAGUGCAAGACCAUCUUCCACCAGAGCUGCCAGGCUGUGGUGAAGAAGGGCUGCCCCCACUGUGCCCGCCGGCGCAAGUACCAGGAACAGAACGUUUUCGCCUGAUGCCCAUCUGCUGACCCCGUUCUGAAGGCCGGGGGUGAGU